AUGCCGAAAAAUACACAUAAAAGCAACCAUGUCCCACUUCAUAAGAUUAUUAUGGUUGGUUCGGGUGGUGUUGGUAAAUCGGCCUUGACCUUACAGUAUAUGUAUGGUGAUUUCGUUGAAGAAUACGAUCCCACAAAGGCUGACUCUUAUCGAAAGAAGAUUGUGCUGGAUGGGGUUGAAUGUCAAAUUGACAUUCUAGAUACAGCAGGACAAGAAGAAUAUGUAGCAAUAAGGGAUAAUUAUUAUAGAUCAGGAGAAGGCUUUCUGUGUGUAUUUUCCGUUUGCGAACGUGAAUCGCUGGAGCAUACACACGAAUUCCGUGACCAAAUUCUUCGAGUGUUAGACGAUGAACGUAUCCCCUUUGUAUUAGUUGGUAAUAAGAUUGAUUUAGCCCAUCUACGUGUGGUUGAUUCUGCUGAACCUCGGCAUUUGGCUCAAGAGUGGAACUGUCCAUAUAUUGAAACAUCAGCAAAAACAAGAGAAAAUGUGGAAGAAGCAUACAACAUACUUAUGCGCUUAAUAGUGAAGAGGAAAGAACUCUUACAUCAGCAAGUAGCGAAACAAAAGAAAAAGAGCUCUUGCACCAUAUUAUAG